AGCCGAGGCUCGUUUCCGCUUCUCCUGCACCCAAACACAACACGUGUGUGCGAGAGAGUGAGAGAGUGUGUUACUGUUUAUUUAGGGUUUAAUUAAUCUGCUGUUUAAAACUCGCAGCGAUGGUUAAACGGGCCAGCAAACGCAACACGUUCGAUUACAACAAAAACCGAAAGAAUCAGAAGAAGAAGCUCAAGAAAAAGGAGAGACCGACCAUCGGAUGUGCACAGAUCCGAAAGGCUUGGGAUGACCGGAAAUCAGCCAAGCAAAAUAUGCAAGAUAUGGGACUGUCAUACGGAACAAAAGGGGUGCUCCCCAUCAACAAGAAGAGCUUUAGUGCACCAGUGGAAGAAGCUCAAGCUGUGGUAGUAAAGCCCUACGUCAUCAGAGAAAUGGAGACAGCGGCAAGUCUUCGAGGAAAGAACACAAGAACAUGCUCCAAUGAUCUAACAGAAUUCGUUCAGUACAUGAUUAGGGAACACAACGAGGACUACAAGGCCAUGGCGAAAGAUGAGAAGAAUUACUAUCAGCACACGCCGAAGCAAAUCAAGCGGAAAGUGGAGUUAUACAAGCGCUGUCAUCCUCAGGACUAUGGGGCCUUCAUUGCAUCUUUGCAGGCAGAGAAGACGUCUUGAUUGCUGUUGAGAGCUGCUGGACUGAUGGACUGGAGGGGCAGAACAUUCCCCUGAAUGCUUAUAAUAAUCUGCAAGUUGUUGAAGUGAGGUUUAAUGCGCAUAUGUGUACAGCAUAUUUUGCAUAUUGUCAUAUUGCCACUGUCACAUGUAAUUGUUUUAUUUCAUGUGGAAACUCUACAGGAUAAGGUAAAACCUUUACAGGAAGUUAAUGUAAAGAAUUUUAUUUUAUUAAUAUUUUAGGAAUAUUUCUCAUGAAAUCUUUGGCAUUAUGUACAAAAAUACUGCAAGAUUCACAUUAUGUCAAACAAAAUAUGAAAAUGAUCUUUUUUUAAACAUCAACAGCAAUACACACACACUCAUAUCAGACACAGCAGUGCUGCUGGAGCUUUUAAACUCUUUGUCGAUUCACUGUCCACUCUAUUAGACAAUUCUAUCUCCUCCACCAUGUAGAGAUAAAUCACAGUUUGUGUUGGUCAUCCUCUAGUACUUCCUCAGUGGCCACAUAAAGCUGCCCUCAGGACGCUGUUGGAAAGAUAAUUCUGUUUGGUGGACUUUUCUCAGUCCAGCAGUGAAACUAAGUUGUUCAAAAACAUAUUUUUGAAUUCACCUACUUUUAUUAGCAGAUCCCUAAUGCUCUGCAACCUUUACUAGUGUCACUGCAGUGCUGAGCAUGAUCUACCACCCAUAAAAAUAAUACAUGCUCUGUAAUGGCCCUAUGGAGUCCUGACCAUGAAAAAAAGGAAAUCAACAAUGAGUGUAGACACAAGGGGGUGCUCCUAAUAUUUUAAUAUGACUAUAUACAGCUCUGAAUAAAAUGAGACCACUAACAAAUAGUUUCUUUGAUUUUACUAAAUUAAAAACCUCUGGAAUAUUAUCAAGAGGAAGAUGGAUGAUCACAAGCCAUCAAAGCAAAGUUAACUUCCUAAAUUGUUGCACCAGGAGUAAAGGCAUAAGGUUAUCUAUAAGCAGUGUGUAAGACUGGUGGAGGAGAACAUGCCAAGAUGCAUGAAAACUGUGAUUAAAAAGGCUAUUCCACUAAACAUUGAUUUCUGUUAUUUCAGCCAUUUCUCAUUUUCUGCAAAUAAAAUAAAACAAUAUUCAUUUUACUCAAACAUAUACCUAUAAAUAGCAAAAUCAGAGAAACUGAUUCAGAAACUGAAGUGGUCUCUUCAUUUUUCCAGAGCUAUAAAUUGAUUCUUAUUGCAGAAACUUGGGAAGAUCAUUCAAACACAAUAAUUUUCACAAAAAAUGUGCAACAUUUUUACAAAAUUACAGUAAUACCUUUUUAUUUCAGAUGUUGUACGUUGCAGCAAACAUACUACAUACAAACAUACCAUGUACUGUUAUACAGUUCAAAACAAGUGAAUAACUGAAAAAUGCAUACACUUCUUUGUAUUCAUUUUGUUUUAAUUUCCAGGAAGAAUUUCAUAGUGGUGGAGCACAGCUCACACAACUGCAGUUGAAUGAGCUCAUAUUAGGUCACAGGGCUUGUAAGACUGCAUUGUUCAGGCAGAUGCUGAUCCAAAUGGAUUAGUCCUACCUUAUAUAACUGAACAAAUUCUGUUGCAAGUACUUUCAUCCCUUAAACUGCCUUUUUUCCACCUAAAACUACAGUGGUGACAUUUUUCUGAGGAUCAUUUUGUACAAAUGCUUUUUGCUGUACAAGCAUUGCUGCAACUAGCUUCAAGACAAACAUGUACAAUCUACUUCAAUCUGUAAAUAUUCCUACAGUAAUUGAGUAAUAGAAUGCUGUACAUUCACAGAUGUCUGAAACACAGAUGUAUAAUGCUUUUGCUUGUUUUUCAAAUCUGUUAUUAAACCCUUAUUAAAUACAUAUGUACAUGUCAAUGUACAUGUACUACAAGCA